AGAGCCUGUGUAAAGAAAUGGUCAAUUGGUGUGUCUCAAUAUGUUAUCGGCGCUGAAUGGUCGGCUUCGGCAUUUGAUCGCAGCUGCCAUGACAGAUGACAAACCAUGGAACGUGCAGGGAAAGAGGUUAGUCAUGGACAGUCAGGAGGGCCCUGGAGGCAGUCAAGGGACGAAGAUGCACACGGCGCGUUAUGAAGACCAUCCGGAUUGACCGCUUAUCCAACUCGCGGACAGCUGCGGCAACGCUUUGAUACAGACGGUGGACUCGAGGAGCUUUUGCCGGCAUGACGCAGGAAAACUGGGUCGCGAGGGCCGUCACUCUGAGCGUGGCGGGCACCGCACUUGCCAAACAUCCCACGUCGUUCUAGCGUGUCGGCGGCCCCUCCAAGCAUUGAAAACCUCUAACACCAGGCUUCCUCCUUCAUUCUUGUCCUAUUGUCAGUCACAUUCAAGAUGCCAUACAACAAAACAGACGAGCUCGCGAUCAACACUAUCCGCACUUUGGCUGUCGAUGCCACUGCGCAGGCCAACUCCGGUCACCCGGGUGCCCCUAUGGGCAUGGCCCCGGUUGCCCAUGUCCUGUUCAACAAGUUCAUGACGUUCAACCCCAAGAACCCUAAGUGGCUGAACCGCGACCGAUUCGUCCUCUCCAACGGUCACGGCUGUAUGCUCCAGUAUUCUCUGCUGCAUCUGUUUGGCUACAAGAUCAGCAUCGAUGACCUGAAGAACUUCCGUCAAAUCGACUCGAUCACCCCUGGUCACCCCGAGUCCCACGACACUCCCGGUAUCGAGGUUACCACUGGUCCCCUCGGCCAGGGUUUCGCCAACGCUGUCGGUCUGGCCAUCGCUGAGAAGCACACCGCCGCCGUCUUCAACAAGCCCGGCUACGAGCUGAUCAACAACUACACAUACGCAUUCUUCGGUGAUGGCUGCGCUAUGGAGGGUAUUGCCUCCGAGGCUGCAUCGAUGGCUGGUCAUUUGCAGCUCGGUAACCUCAUCAUGGUUUACGAUGACAACCACAUCUCCAUUGACGGUGACACCAAGUGCGCGUUCACUGAGGACGUCAUGAAGCGAUUCGAGGCCUACGGCUGGCACACACAGCACGUCGAGGACGGUGACUCCGACCUCGAGGGCAUCGAGGCUGCCAUCAAGAAGGCCCAGGAGGUCAAGGACAAGCCUUCCGUCAUCAAGCUGACUACCACCAUUGGUUUCGGCUCCAAGCUCCAGGGUACCGGUGGUGUUCACGGCAACCCCCUGAAGCCUGAUGACAUCAAGAGUGUCAAGGAGAAGUUCGGGUUCGAUCCCGAGAAGACCUUCGUCGUUCCCCAGGAGGUCUACGACAUGUACCACAAGCACGCCGCCGACGGCGCCGCUGCUGAGCAGGAGUGGAACCAGCUGCUCGAGAAGUAUGGCAAGGAGCACGGUGACCUGCACAAGGACCUCAUCCGUCGCCAAACCAGGGAUCUUCCCGAGGGCUGGCAGAAGGCCCUCCCCACAUACAAGCCUACUGACUCCGCCAUUGCAUCCAGGAAGCUGUCAGAGGCUGUCCUUGAGGCUAUCCACGAUGUCGUCCCUGAGCUUAUCUCUGGUUCCGCCGAUUUGACUGGCUCCAACAACACCCGAUGGAAGAAGGCCGUCGACUUCCAGCCCCCCAACACAGGCAUUGGAGAGUGGUCUGGUCGUUACAUGAGGUAUGGUGUCCGUGAGCACGCCAUGGCUGCCGUCAUGAACGGUCUGUCCGCCUACGGUACCAUCAUCCCCGCCGGUGGUACUUUCCUCAACUUCGUCUCCUACGCUGCUGGUGCCGUCCGUCUCUCUGCUCUCUCCCACCAGCGUCUGAUCCACGUCGCUACCCACGACUCCAUUGGUCUUGGUGAGGAUGGUGCCACUCACCAGCCUAUCGAGACUCUCGCCCACUUCCGUGCCCUGCCCAACUGCAUGGUCUGGCGUCCCGCUGACGGCAACGAGACCUCUGCUGCCUACUACAUGGCUCUUACCUCCAAGACCACCCCAUCCAUCCUCGCCCUCACCCGUCAGAACCUGCCCCAGCUCGAGGGCUCGACACUCGAGAACGGUAUCAAGGGUGGAUACGUCGCUCUUGAAAAGGAGGGUGCCGAUGUCACACUUGUCUCCACCGGUUCCGAGGUUUCCCUCUGUCUCGAGGCUGUCAAGACCCUCGAGGAGCAGGGUCUCAAGGCUCGUGUCGUAUCUCUGCCCUGCUGGGAGGUGUUCGACGCCCAGUCCAAGGAGUACAAGCUCUCCGUCAUCCCCGACGGUAUCCCCACAUUGUCCGUCGAGGUCAUGUCCACACUCGGAUGGGAGAAGUACUCGCACGAGCAGUUCGGUCUCAACCGAUUUGGUGCCUCUGGUCCCUACAAGGAUGUCUACAAGAAGUUUGAGUUCACCCCCGAGGGCGUUGCUAAGCGUGCGAAGCUCACAGUCGACUUCUACAAGGAUGUCAAGCCCCUCCGCUCGCCCAUUAACCGUGCUUUCCAGCAGCUUAUCUAAGCGUUUAAGCAGAAUGGUAGCGUUGUUAGGAUGUGGCAUGUGUUUUGAUUGAAAAUACCUAUGAGAAACGACCGUUUAGCGAUUACGUAGUUCAUACGAUGAAAACUAGGAUGCGCACGGA